CAGGCCAGUCCUUUCUUUGAACACAUUCACUAAGUUCCUUUCUACCACAUUCAUUCUUUACCUUACAUUCCAUCUUUGUGAUCAGGCAUCACCAUCACACAUUUGAAACCCAAACACUGUACAUAACACUUAUUCAACACACGUCACCAUGUUCACCAAGGCCAUCUUCACGAGCGCUCUUCUCUCCGCCGUCUCGGCUCACCAGAACCUCCACCAGCUUUGGGUCAACGAUGUCACGCCCGGAUACCAGGUCGGCAUCCGGAUGCCACCCUCCAACAGCCCCGUAGUCGAUUUGACGAGCAACGACAUGGCCUGCAACGUUGGCGGCUCCAAGGUUCCAUCUGGCGUCAAGACAAUCGAGGCUAGCGAGGGUGACAAGAUCAAGGUCCAGUGGGAUAACUCUGGCCAUCCGGGACCGAUUACGCACAUGCUGUUUGGCCCCGUCGAUGAUGCUUCCCAAGCCACUGGUAUCGGAGCCGGAUGGUUCAAGAUUGACGAGAUGGACUUUGUUGGUGGAAAGUGGGCUUCCGAGAUCAUGCAAGCGGCCAACAUGUCGCAUGAAUUCACUCUUCCCACUGGCCUUGCCAGCGGCGAGUAUCUACUCCGUUCAGAGAUGCUGGCACUCCACUCUUCUCAGACAAAGGGUGGCGCGCAAUUCUAUAUCGGCUGCAUGCAAUUGAAGAUCAAGGGCACCGGUAGCAAGGGCUCAUGCACACCUACCAUUUCGCUUCCUGGCGCCUACAAGGCUGACGAUGCCAACAUCUUCAUCCCUAACUACUACAACGGAUACGUUGCCACCAACUACAAGGCUCCUGGUGGUCCGGUUGCUACUUGCGGUGGUGCUGGUGGCGCUGCUCCCGUUGCUCCUCCUGCCUCCAACUCAACUGAGCCUGCUCCUUCUUCAAUUGCCGACGAGGCUGCUGCCCCUACUCUUGCGCCCACCGUCCCUUCUGGCAAUGAUACUCUUCCAUCGGCUCCGGCUGUCCCCAGCACGUUCGCCACCCUCCCCAGCCCAUCUGCUGGCGUUACAGCUCCCGCCGGUGCUGUGCCCACUGGCUCUGUAGGAACUGCUAAGCUCUACUACCAGUGCGGCGGAAUCAACUACAAUGGUCCCACUGAAUGCGAGGGCACUGCCAAGUGCGUCAAGCAGAACGACUUUUACUCGCAGUGCAUCAACUAGAGGAAUUGAGAUGGCACAAUGCGCAGGAGGAGAUGAGAUGUGGUGGUGGUGAAGAAUUGUUGGUGUUCUUGUACAUAUAAACUUACGUAGAUGUUGACCUACAAUUUUACUUUUGACAUUAUUGA